GUUCUGUAUUUGUGUCAAACAUGACCUCAACUUAGGCGGUCUAUUAGCAGGUUGUCAGAAUUAACGAGACUCUGUCUUCUGCUACUGAUACAUCUUACUAUAUCAAGUAUAUCUACAAUUGUUACAUCUCACACCGCUUGACGCUAUGCAAAAUCAACAAACGGUUCGGCAGAUAUUCGAAAGGGUAGAUCGAAACAGGAAUGGAUAUGUGGAUGACACGGAGCUACAAAUGGCAUUGUCAAAUGGUAUAGGAACAACGUUCAACAUACGAACUGUCCAGUUGAUGAUUUCAAUGUUCGACAGAGAUGGAAAUGGAACAAUCGAUGUAAAUGAAUUUACGCAUUUAUUCAGAUAUGUUCAAGAUUGGCAACAAUGUUUUCGUCGAUAUGAUCAAGAUAAAUCUGGACGUAUAGAUUCUCGAGAACUUCAAUGGGCCUUAUCUUCCUUUGGUUAUAGACUUUCUCCUGCUUUUGUACAAAUGAUGAUCGGUCGAUUCGAUCGCAAUAAAUGUGGGCAAAUUGCUUUUGAUGACUUUAUUUAUGCUUGUGUAUGUCUCCAAAUUCUUACCAAUGCGUUCAAACGAUUCGAUAUAAAUUGUAAUGGAUGGGCACAGUUUAAUUUUGAACAAUUUCUGUCUGCUGCAAUGUCGAUUAUUAUUUGAAUGAUAUAUAUAUAUAUAUAUAUAUAUAUAGAUUGUAAAGAGAAUAUAAAGAAGAAUCUGUGUAAUAAUUCCUUCAACAUUAUAGACUGUGAAUCUAUUGUCGUAUUUUGUAAAAAAGAGAAGAACAAAACAAAAAUGUAUCCACUAAUAGUCGAUUUGCUUAUUCCCUAUGAGCUUUCUUCAACACAAGCUCUGUGUGUGUGGGCGCGCUAUAAACAACUGCAACUUGUGAUAUCAGUUAAUGGUCAGCAUUACUGUUGUAACGACUGCUUUCAGGUAUUGCCCCCGUCUGUGUGAUUUUCAAGUUUUUGUGUGUAUUAUUCAAGCACCUUUUUAAAAAAAAGAAACUAUUUCUAGGCUGCUCUCUCUAUGCCCAAGAAGAAACAUCACAUGUGUAUUUUUUUUAAUUUAUUGAUUUGAUUUUAAUGCCAGAAACAAGUGUGUACUCCAACUCUAGUAUGCGUUCUGAAUUUUACUAUUUUACUAGUACUAGUGUUUUACUUCCUUGGUUUUCCUUUUUACUUUUACCUGUGAAUAGCUUUUUGUAAUUCAGUGCUUUUCAUAUGAGAUGAUAUCCUUUUGUCUUGUUAAUAAUAUUGUGGGUAAUUUAUUUAUUUUGAUUUCUGCCUCUUAUUUUGUUUUGUUCUGUUCUGUAACUGUGG